AGAAUAUGUAUCGGAGGGACUGGAAUGGUCUUUUGUAAAAUACCAGGAUAACCAGGGCUGUCUCGAUCUCAUUGAAGGUUCACCAAUGAGUGUAUUUUCUCUGCUUAACGAGGAGAGCCGUCUUAACCGUGCUUCAGAUGCCCAAAUGUUUCGUGUUCGAUUGGAGAACGAGCUUUCAGAAAAUGGAAGCAUCAGCUGGGACAGGUUCAGCAAAGAGCCACAUUUCACUGUGGCCCACUACGCUGGCAAGGUGAACUACCAGAUACAAGGCAUGGUGGAGAAAAACAAGGACCCAGUGCCACCAGAGCUCAUCGACAUGCUUCAGAAAUCCAACAACAGUUUGCUCCACCAGAUUUUUGCUGAAGUUGAAGAUGAGCAGCAAACUUCCAAAGGACUGAGUAAAGUGACUGUAGUCUCCAAGUUUAAGAACUCUCUUGAAAGCCUCAUGAGAAUCUUGCACAGCACUACCCCUCACUACACUCGCUGCAUUAAACCGAAUCAGGACUGCAAGCCUUUGACAUUCAAGAAGGAAGAAGUGAUAAUGCAGCUAGAGGCAUGUGGCAUUGUAGAGACUAUUCAUAUUAGUGCUGCUGGCUUUCCAGUAAGAAUUCCCUUUGAAAGCUUUACUCAGCGGUACAGUCUGCUUUUAAAACAUUCAAAGUUAAAACCAGCUCAAACUCUUGACCUGGCAGGUGGGAACUUAAAGGAAGAUGUAGAGAGGCUUCUUCAUGUGAUUUUGGAUCAAGACGGUUUGUUGCACCAACUCAGAGGUGACAAACAGACGACUCUGGUGCAUUGUGGGAAGACUAAAGUAUUCCUGACCCAAUCAAUGCUUGAUUUUCUGGAGGAACGGCGGAGGAGGGUCCUGUCUCAAUGUGCCUUUACCGUUCAGUGCUGUUGGCUUCGGUAUCAGCGCCGCAAACGCAUUACCAGGCAACAGUCUGCCACUCUGAUCCAAGCAGUUGUGCGGUCCUGGCUAGUGAGGAGGCGAGUGGUUCAGUGGAACAGGGCUGCUGCUAUUAUCCAGAGGACAUGGAGGAAGUGGAGGGACCUACUGAAAUCUCUGGCUGACUUAGAGCUGGAUGAUGCAGCGGAUGUUGUGACUGAAGAAUUACUUGAGCUAAACCCUCUCAUUAGGGAGAGGGGCUCAGUCCACCUUUCCAGUAUCUCAGAGCCAGUCACUGUGCGGGGGUGGCCCAUGGGCCUGGCUCUGGCCUCAGCUUCGUCCAUCACUGUGUCUUUCACCGCCACUGGAUUUCAUAAAAUGGUGUCUCUCGUGGCCUCCCUCAAGCUACCGUCCAGAAGAGGGCAGUACAUGGUGGAGACCAACCAGUGCAGUGAGGGACUGGCCUCCAUCAGAGCUCAACCAAAGGGAUCUACAAAGCUUCACUAUCAGCGAUCACCACUUCUUUAUGCAGACAGACACCCAGAUCUGCAAACUCACAUGACAGGGUUCAAUGAGAUCCUGCUUGAAAAAACUUUGUAAUUGUUUUUAGAGAACUUAGCCUGGUGCUGCGCUAAAUGCAAUCAACCUCUGACCAAAAAAUUAUUGUUGUAGAUGUCAAAUUUGCUUUUGUGCUGUUUAGAAAGGGAACAAGAUGAUGAUGAACCUGAAUUAUAUUUGUAUUUAAACAAAAACUAAUUCAGACAUUUCAGAAGUGCCAAGGUCUUCCAAUAUUCUAUUACAUUUGCAUUUACGUUUGUGCUUGGAGUAAGUAGACAAUAUAGUGAGAGAUGAACGUAUUAACUGCACAUGUACAGCAUAUAUUGCAAUUUGCACAUGUAAUAUUCACAGAUAUGUAAUAUUCAGUAUAGUUUGCUGUAAACAUGAUGCAUGGUUUUAAGUGUAAAUUAGUAUUUGUAUUUUAAAGCUGACAGUCUUUUUGGAAUGAUCAAGUCAAAAUAUGUGUUAAGUUAAAGUAUGUCACAGUGGUUGUGUCACAGUAAUCCUCAGGAACACUAAUAGCUACAUUGACAAAAGUCAUUGAGCAUUUGUGGCAGUGUGAAAUCUGCACAAUAAGUCAUGUUUAAUCCAUUUGUGGUACCAAAGACUUGAAUUAUAUCAUAUCUUUAACAGAACAAUUGAAAUAAACAAAACAUGCAAUUAAA